GAGCCACGCGAAGCCUCCAAAGUUGUGCAGGUCACCGCAAAAUGCUAUCGGUCGAUGAGGAAAACGGCAGACCCUCACUCCCUCAGCAUUAAUAUAGAUGUGGACAAGAUAACUGAUGCCUAUUGUUCUUGCAAGGCUGGACUUGGGGGUCAUUGUUCACAUAUUAUAGGCCUCCUCAAGACCUUGCAGUAUUUCAAACUGCAAAGUUUUUCCUCAAUCCCUGACCGAUUGAGCUGCACCAGUAUGCCACAAGCUUGGGGAGCACAAUCAGCUCGGGGUUUGAGGAUUGAACCCGUGCCCAUCAACCACCUCACUCUAGCACGAAACGUGACUCACCGCAAGCGCAGACCGAAGGAAUGCAGUGUGGACUUGAACAAAAUAGUGACAAAGGUUGAACCCGAGGAGAUAGCUGCACUGAAAUUAUUACAUGGUACUCCAUUGACAUAUAUGCUGACGCCUUCAGCACCAACUGUCUCUACACCCCUGGGAGAAGUGCAAAUUGGGUCAGCUGUUUCCUAUCAGACAAGGAACUUGAAGGCAGAUGCGACAGCGGUCAUGCAACAGUGUGGCAACACCUGUGUCACAAAUAACCCACCAGUGGAUCUUCCAGAAAGAUAUAAAGCGUUGAAAGACCUUAAUAUUUGUGAAGAUCCUGUGGAACUGGAAGCUCGAACCAGAGAACAGAGUAAAUGUGCUGAGUGGUUUGAGGCAAGAAAAAAAAGGCUUACAGCCUCAAAUUUCCAUCGAGUUAUGGUCAGGAAAGCAAAGGUCACACACAAGUUUUUAGAGUCAAUUUUUGACGCUAACUCUGUUUCAGCCCCUUCACUGGAUUACGGGCGAAGAAACGAGCCCUUAGCAAAAUCAAAAUAUUUACAGACUCAUCAGGACCGGCACUUGCAUGAGUGUGGCUUUGUGGUCAGUAAUCACUUUCCCUUCAUAGGUGCUUCACCCGACGGCAAAGUAUGUGACGGUGGCCGAUCAGGUCUAAUAGAAAUAAAGUGUCCGUAUACCGCUCGAAAUUCCACCAUUCUGGAUGCCUGCAUGCUACCCAAUUUUUGCCUAGAAAUGCAACCCAGUGGCUCUGCUCAGCUGAAGAAGACAUAUAUGUACUAUGCUCAGGUUCAAGGUCAACUUAUGAUCACAGGAUGUGAUUUUUGUGAUUUUAUUGUUUUCACCCACAAGGAUCUACAUGUAGAAAGAGUGUGGCCAGACAAAGUAUUUAUGUCAUCCAUGUUAGAAGUUUUAGCUGCUUUCUAUCAAGAUCAUGCUGUGCCUUAUUUACAAAACCUGUAGGAACUGGUUAUCCUCACUUACAAUGUUCAUCUGUUUGCACCUCUAUCCCUUUGUCUGCAUCAUUGUUUUCUGCAGCAUCGUAGGUAUCCCUGUAAAUAAUUCAGAACAUUCACUGUGAACUAGAUGGUAUCCCUGUAAACAAUUGAAACAACAAAAGUGAUUCUGUUUCUGUUUGAUGUUCAUGUUUGUGGAAAAUGUGAAUUGUGACA